GAGGCAGGCGGGGCUGGGCUGGGGAGGAGGCAGCGGGUGUGGACAGGCUUGGAGGGCCGGGUAGGAGUGGGCACUGUCCCGGUACAGGAGCAGAGGAAGCAGCCCAAGAGAGCCAGCUUGCGCCAGUCAUGUCCUCCUCCCUGUCCAUGCUGGGCCUUACCCCCCUGGUGCCUGGAGCUGCCAGGUGCAGCCAUUUGCUCCUCAUGUGGGAGGAAGCAUCCCUUCAGGCCUCUGGGCCCCUAACCAGUUGGACGCAGUGGGCCCUGAUCUCAGCCAGGCCUCUCUCCCACCACCUCCCGCUUCUCCGACUCACCAGUGCCAUGCUGUCACCGUCAUCCGGGGUGUCCAGCUAAUGUGCCACCCGUCCAAAGGACAGCAGGGGGCUGUGGCACAGGCCCCUUCACAAAGGGGCAGGAUGCCUCGAGAAGGCAGGGGCUGGCCUUUCCAUGGCGGAGGCAGGAUCAGAAGCUGGUGCUGCUGUGUGAGUGGCCCUCUCUGUGACCCUGUGACCGGGUCUCUGGGGUCCAGUGGAGGAUGGGGUAGGGCCUCCAGGAUCUGCAGCCUCUGCAGAUGGAAAGGCAGCCUGGAGUAGGCAGCCACCCACUGGCUAAGCAGGGCUUCCGGAACACGGCAGGGGCAACGGGGCACAGGCCGUGGCCGCUAUGCUGGAAGAGGCAGAGCAUGUGCCCCAGCACGUGUACCCUCCUGGCCAGCAGCCCCCGGUCUGUGCCAGCCUCGUCAUUCCUUCAUAUCGCUCCUUCCCCUGACCUUGCCCCCAAGGCAUCCUCAGUGGCUGCCUGGUUCCCCUCGGCGGCGCCGCCUCCUGGCCCAGUGACCUCCAGAAAUAGCUUGCAUUCUCCGGGCUUCAGUGCUCUCGCAGAAAAUGGGUCCGGGCUCUGGCCACACUCAGUGUGCCCCAUGUCCGGGCUCCAGCUUUCUGCUUUGCCCUGGAGGCCUUGGCCUGGCCCGGCCUAUGGGGUAGAUACCAGCUUGGCUCGUCCUGAUUCAGACAGGUGAGCUGUGCCCUCCCCGUGGGAGCCGUGUCCUGCCCAGUCCUGGGCCUGGGUCUGCUCUCAUCGGCCUCACCUGCCCCUUCCCCUUGGCCUGGGUCAGCCUUGGGGGUGGCAGGGGUUCUGGGGUGAGUAUCAAGAUCCUGGUGCCCUGAGCGUGUGGUCAGGGAGGGGCCUGGCCGGGGCAGGGCUUCCUGGGCGAGAGGCAGGAUGGAGCUGGGUGAGUACCAGCCAGGCUGGGGCAAGGUUCUCAGAUGCUCCAGGCCCCUUCCUGUCUGUCUCUGUCUCUCCAUUAAUAAUCAUUUCUUUCUUGCUCAGUGUCUCAUGUCUGUGUCAUUUCGUCUUACUAGAUUUUUUUUCGCCUCUAAUAUUUAAAAGAUGGAAGCUAAAUUUACUGCCUUUCAAAAUGAACGCAAGAGUCACUUUUUUGGGGAGGAUGCUUUGGGGUUUGGGGGACCCCAACACAAGGCCUUGGAUGUGGCUGCUCCAUCAAGGAGAUGCUCUUUGCUGGUUUUGAGAAUGAGCUUUAAGGGGCAGGCUGGGCCUUCCAAUCCCCAGGAGUACUCAGCUCUGCAGCUUGGGCCCAGUCCCUGCCCAGGGGACCCGAGAUCCAGGGCCCUGGCUGGGACCCUGGCUGCUCCUCUGAUUCCCAGCAAGUGCCAGCUGUGUCGGCACAGACGGUGGUCUCACAUCUGGCCUGGGCGCCUGCUCACUCAGGUCCUGGGGGACACAGGGCAUGGAGGUUUAGUCACCGUGCGUGUGCACGGUUGCCUAAAGCACCCCCCAUCCUAUGUCCACCCUCCCCCCACACUCAGGGCCAGGGCUCAGGCUGCACCCAUCCUCAGCUGCCUGGCCGUUCACAAAUCACCCAGGAGGAGAGGCUCAUAGACAAGGAGACAGCCCUGGCUUGGGCUGGGCUGGCUGCUCUGUCAGGGGUCAGCCCUGGCCCCAUGUGUUUUCCUGGGGCCUGCACAAGUGUGAUGUUGGGGCACCAUGACAUAUGUGUGUGUGUCCGUGAUCCGAUUGAUGUGCUCUCAUCCGUCAUCUGCCAAGCCCCAAGGAGAAGACCCAUCAGCAUCAACAUACCACUCUCUACUCCCUGUUCCUUCAUUCUGAAGACCCUCUGUGAGCACGUGGGGGUGCUAUGAUGUGGCCAAGAAGCCCAGGACCCCUGCCCUUGAGGCAUGCACAGUCCAUUAGGGAGGACUGUCUGCACACAGGUCAUGUGGAUAAUCCUGAUGAUGGGGGAUAGGUGACACACAGGGGUGGUUCUUGACCAGCCUGGGGCUAGCAGUGCAGGGCAGGGGCUGGCAGAGGAGCCGGGCACCCUUAGGGCAUGGAAAGAAGCUCUCUGUGGGGAGUAGGCUCAGAAAAUGUGGCAGGAGCUGAGGCUGGAAAGGGAGGUAAGGGUCUUGGGGUCCAUUUAAGGAGCUUGGGUCUUAUGCCUUGGGUGGUAGGGAGCCACUGCACAGUUUUAAGCAGGGUCUGAUGUGUGUAUAUUUGACAUGUCUCUCUGGUCAAAGUCUCUGGAUGCAGAGAGGACCAAGUAGCACGCUGUUGCAGACAUCAAGGGAAGAUGACGGGGCCCUGGCCGGUGGGAGGUAGUAGAGGCAGAGAGAAGAGGUCAAAGUUGAGGUGUAGUUAGGAGGCAAAACAGUAGAACAUGACGUUUGAUGCACUGUUCGUUAGAUCAGUCACAUAGAUUAACAUGAGAAGAAUUGAUCCCUUCCAAUCCAUUAACAUGGUAUACCUAUCCAUUUUUGGAGAGGUCUUCUUUAAUUUCUCUCAGCAAGAUUUUGUAGCUUUGAGCAUAGACAUUUUACAGUUCUUAACUAUUUUGUUUUUUGACACUUGCAAAUGAUAUUGUAUUUUGGGUUUCGUUUUUCCAGUUGUUUGUUGCCAGUCUGUAGGAAUACAUUUUUUUGUUUAUUAAUUUUGUGUUCUAUAACCUUGCUAAUUCACUUAUUAGUUCAUAGUUUUGGGGUUGGGUUGUUUUGGUUUUGGGGGGGUUUUUUGUUUUGUUGUUUUUGGCAAAUUUCUUAGGAUUUUCUACAUACACAAUUACAUCAUAUGUGAAAACAAAGUUCCGUUUCUCUCUUAUCUGAAUGCAUCUUUCCUUGCCUUAUUUCUGCUGGCCAGGACCUCCAUUACCAUUCUGAAUAAAAGUGGUGAGAGCCAAUUUCCUUGUUUCUGAUCACAGUGGGAAAGCAUUUAGUCUUUUGCUAUUAGGUAUGAUUUUUUUUCUGUAGAUGCCCUUUGUCAGACUGAGGCAAUUUCCUUCUAUUCCUAGUUUGCUGAGAGUUUCUAUCAUAAACAGAUGUUGAAUUUUAUCAAAUGAUUUUUUGCAUCUAUUGAGAGGAUUAUAUGAAUACUCCCCUUUAUUUUAUUAAUGUAGUCAGUUAUAUUGGCUGACACUGUAAUGUUAAAAUAAACCUUACAUUCCUGGGAUACUUGUUUGUGAUGUAUUUGUUUUAUAUAUUCCUGGAUUUGGUUGGUUAAUAUUGUAUUAAGGAUUUUUGCAUCUGUGUCCAUGCAUGAUUUGAUCUUUAUUUUCUUUUCUUGUAAUAUCUUUGUCCAGUUUUGGAAUGAGGGUUAAGCUUGCCUUUGAAAAUAAGUGAUAAGUGUUCUCCUUCUUUAUUUUCUGAAAGUAUUUAGAACUGAUAUUAUUUUAUUCUUAAAUGUUUGAUAGAAUUCACCAGUGGACAGGUGGGCACGGGUCAUGAGUUUUCUUUGUGGAAAGGUAUUAAAUUAUGAAUUCAACAACUUUAGUAGAUAUAGACUAAAAAAAUAGAUAUAGACUAUUCAAAUUUUAUAUUUCUUGUACAAAUUUUGGCAAGUUGUGACUUUUAAGAAAUUUGUGCUUUUCAACUGAGUUUUCAAAUAUAUUUGCAUGAAGUUGUUAAUAAUGUUCUUUUAUUAUUCUUCUAAUGUCUGUAGGAUCUUGAUGCCUUCUCUUUCAUUCCUGAUAUUAGUAAUUUGUGGAGUGUUUUUUACCUUGAUCAGUCUAGCCAGAGGCUUAUCAGGUUCACUGGUCUUCUCAAAAAAACAAUACAAAACAAAACAAACAAACAAACAAAAAAAAAAACCCUUUCAUUUUAUUGGUUUUAUCUGUGUUAUCUUUUGUAUUAUAUUAAAUUUCCACUUUUUCUUAUUUUCUUUCUUCUACUUACUUGGGUUUAAUUUAUUGUUGUUUUUCUCCUAGGUUCCCAAAGUAGAAUCUUAGAUCAAUGAUUUUAGACCUUUUCUCUUUUCUAAUAUAAGCACUCAAAGCUAUAAAUUUUCCUCAAAACAUUGCAUUAGCCUUAUCUUGCAAAUAUUGGUAAGUUGUGUUUUCAUUAUCAUUUAGUUCAAAAUAUUUCCUAGUUUCUCUUUUGUUACUUACUUGAUCCUUGAGUUAAUUAUAAUUAUGUGUUUAAGUUCCAAAUAUUUGGGCACUCUUUAGAUAUCUUAUAUAUCUUUUUGCUAUUUAUUUCUAAUUUAGUUGUGUCGUAUUUAGAGAAUAUACUCUAUAUGAUUUAAUUCCUUUCAGUUGUAUUGAGACUUAUUUUGCGGCCUAACGUAUGGCCUGUUUCAGAGAAUGUUCACACGUGUACUUGAAAAGAAUACAUAUUCUGCUGUUGUUGGGCACACUGUUCUCUAAGUAUCAGCUUGGAUAAGCUGAUUGACGUUGUUCAUGUCAGCUGUAUCCCCAUCAGUUUUCUCUGUUACUGAGGAGAGAUGGGUCAAAGUAACCCAACAUUGUUGUGGAUUUCUCUAUUCAUCCACUAGUUCUAUUAAUUUACCUCACAUAUUUUUAAUCUCUAGAACUGUCAGACAUUCUUGACAAGUUGACCCUUUUAUCAAAGAAAUGUCCCUUAUUUCCUGUAUUGAAGUCAACUUUGAUAUUAAUUUACCCAUUCCAACUUUCUUGAAAUUAGUGUUUGCAUUUUCUAUCUUUUUCCAUUCUCUCAUUUUGUUUACUUUUAACCUACCUUUAUGUUUAAAGUAUGCAUCACUUAGACAGUAGAUUAUCAUUUCUUGCUUCUUUAAUCCAGUUUGAAAGUUGUUGCCUUUGAAUUGGAGCAUUAGACCAACUACAUUUAAUGAAAGUGUUGAUAUGGUUGGGUUAAAUCUACCAUCUCUCAUUUGUCUUCUAUUUAUCUCAUCUUUUCUUUGUACCUUUUUCCUCCCUCUUUUGAAUUGAAUGUCUUGUUUCAUAUUCCAUUUAUCUCCUCUAUUGGCUUAUUUAUUAUAACUCUUUUUUCAGUGGUUGCUAUUGGGUUUACAAUAUGCAUAUUUAACUCACUGAUGACUGGAUGUAGAAAGGAGGGGGAAAGGAAGGGAAUGGGAAAUUGAGUGUCAAGAACGGUAGUCAAAUGUCUGGGGAGCAAGGAGGCUCCUUCUCGGAGAUGGGGAACUCUGAAGGAAGAUCAGUGUUAGAGCAGGAGGUGUUGGCGAAGGGGGUUGCUGUCAGUUCUGGUCAAGUGUCCUGGAGGUCCUUGUAAGGCAUCCAAGAGAAGAUGACGGGGAGGCAGUUGCACGCCUGGUCCAGAGGCCUGGGCUGGAGCCGGCAGCCGGGUCGUGGAUGUAAGGGUGAGUGCUGAACCAGCGGGAGUGGAGGAAUCUGCUUGUGGGCAGUGUGUGUCGGGGCAAGAAAAGGGUCUAGAGCCAAGCCCCAUGAGCCCCAAUGUAGGGACCCAAGUGGAGAACAGCAGAGGUGUGAAGGCAGAGGCAAGAGAGGAAGGAACAGAACAAGGCAAGUGAGCCACCUUGGAGCCAAAAAGGCAGUGGCUCGGUGGCUCGCCCCGGGAGUCGCUGUGGGAGGGUUUCAGAAUUUGGGCAGGAUGCAGGGGCCCUCGGAGGUCAGUGGAGAUGCUACUCUUUAAUUUGUGAAUGUGUACAUGACUGGACACUUAGACCUAGCGAAUAUUUUAUUAGAACACUUAAAAAUGAACAACUCUGCCACAUGCUGCUGGGAGUCAAGUAAGAUGAGGCCUGUUGGGUGCCUGCCGGGGUCGGCGGGCUGACCGUGCUGGGACCCAGCCCUCGGGCCAAGCACUGCGGGCGCUUGAGGGGCGAGAGUCUGCGCCAGGACACCUCCUUCAGGAGGGUCUGAGACCAGAGCCAUCACACGCUCUGCUAGCACGGCUCGGCAGACGCCUGGGCCCACGGAGGAGGUCCGGUCUCUCAGUCAGACCGUGCCUCUGGCUGCCAGACAGUGUGGCUUUCCACAACCCUUAGUGUGACUUCCUGCAAGAAUAAGCCCCACCCCGCUGGCAGCUGUCGCUGUCGCUGCCUCUGACCUAGAGGAGGUGGCUGACCCAGGCAGCUCAGCGCCUGGCUGGGGUGUGCUCAGCAAAUACGUGCUGGGGGAAGUCAAAGUGGACAGCGGCAGGACCAUGAACAACAGCACCUGUCUGGCCGAAGAGCUCACCUGGCCCCCCUCGGUCAGGAACGUCCUCUCCACAUACACGGCGGUGCUGCUGGGGCUGGGCCUGCUGCUCAACGGCCUGGCGCUCUGGGUGUUCUGCUGCCGCAUGCGGCGGUGGACGGAGACCCGCGUCUACAUGGUCAACCUGGCGGCGGCCGACUUCUGCCUGCUCUGCGCCCUGCCCUUCUUCCUGCGCUCCCUGCAGGCGAGGGCCGCAGACACGCUCUUCUGCCAGCUCUCCCAGGGCGUCUACCUGGCCAACAGGUACAUGAGCAUCAGCCUGGUCACGGCCAUCGCCGUGGACCGCUACGUGGCUGUGCGGCACCCGCUGCGCGCCCGGGGGCUCCGCUCCCCGCGCCAGGCUGCGGCCGUGUGCGCGGCGCUCUGGGUGCUGGUGGCCAGCUCGCUGGGGCUUCGCUGGGCCCUGGGGGUGCGGGAGGGCGGCUUCUGCUUCUCGAACGUCUCCCGGCAAAGCGCCAACACCAUGGUCUUCUCACUGCUGGGCUUCUUCCUGCCACUGCCCGUGCUGGUCUUGUGCUCCGUGAGGGUGGCCACCGCCCUGGGCCAGAGGCCGACUGCCAGCCCAGACCAGGCGGAAGCGACGCGGAGGGCCAUCCGCAUGGUCUGGGCGAACCUGGCCGUGUUCGUGGUCUGCUUCCUGCCCUUUCACGUGGUGCUGAUGGUGCGAGCGGCCACGAGCCUGAGCACCCCUGCCGUCUGCCACGCGCUCCUCGUCACGGGCAAGCUCUCAGAUGCCAACUGCUGUCUGGACGCCGUCUGCUACUACGUCACGGCCAAGGAGUUCCAGGAGGCGUCUUCGCUGGCCUCGGUGCCCACUGGCAAGGCCCGCAGGAACCAGAACUCUCUCUGUGUGACCCUUGCCUAGGAGAUGAGCCGUGGGCACGUGGGCCAGGUCCCAGGCUCUCUGGGAGGUCCUGCCUGCUGGGGGAUCCCUGAACUGCCUGCGGCUCCCGGACACGCUCCAGGGGCCUGGCAGGGCAGAGAGGGCCCGGGCACGGACCCUGUGGCGGUGUCACCCUGACCCCUGGGAUGGAAGAGGAUCGGGACCAGGGCAGGAGGACUGAGGCCUGAGUGAGGCCAACCCCAGGUGCCCUGGGAUGGGGCCAACACCUGGAGCGCCCAGAGUCUGGUACCCCUGGGGUACUUGGGUGGAUGCUUCCUCUGUGCUGUGAGGCCGCAGUGGGCCUGGAAUAAAGCUGUCCCCCAGGGCUGGGCCUGGCCCUGUCAGGGC